AUGUCUGAGAAAAGUUCCAACGGCCGGGUAGAGACGGGCCCCACCCCUAUAGCAAAUGGUCAGUUACCAGCAGCCACGUAUUGUUCACUCUCUAGCGAAGAAACUGCUGCCAGGCUACACACUUCAUUGACAGUUGGUUUAGAAUCAUCCCAAGAUGUUAAUUAUAGGAAAAGUGUGCAUGGCCCUAAUGAGUUGACGGGCCAAGAACAGGAUUCUUUAGGAAUCAGAUUUUUACAACAAUUUUAUGAGAACCCUUUGAUAUUACUAUUAAUUGGUUCGGCCGCCAUUAGUUUUAUAAUGGGAAAUAUUGAUGAUGCUGUUAGUAUUACAGUAGCCAUUUUCAUUGUAGUUACGGUCGGAUUUGUGCAAGAAUACCGAUCCGAACAAUCUUUAGAAGCAUUAAAUAAGUUGGUUCCACCCUCAUGCCAUCUUACUAGAGGAAAUCACUCAUCGACUGUAUUAGCAUCCAAUUUGGUCCCUGGCGAUUUGGUUCAUUUUUCAGUGGGUGAUCGUAUUCCUGCUGAUGUUAGAAUCACCGAAGCCGCUGGCUUAAGUAUUGAUGAAAGUAACCUUACUGGAGAGCCCCAUCCUGUUCACAAAGACAUUCAAGAGGUUAAAACUGAAUCUCCGCUUGGAACUAUUCCUGUAUCUGACAGGACAUGUAUUGCAUUCAUGGGCACCUUGGUUUGUGCUGGUAAUGGUUCUGGUAUUGUAGUUGGAACUGGUCAUAACACCGAGUUUGGCAGCGUGUUUGAAAUGAUGGCUGAAAUCGACAAGCCCAAGACUCCAUUACAAAUUUCCAUGGACAAACUUGGCAAGGAACUCUCUUUAAUGAGUUUUGGUGUCAUCGGUAUGAUUUGUUUGAUUGGUGUUAUCCAAGGCCGCUCAUGGUUGGACAUGUUCCAAAUCGGAGUAUCAUUAGCAGUUGCGGCUAUUCCUGAAGGAUUGCCAAUUAUUGUCACUGUGACAUUGGCACUCGGCGUACUUCGUAUGGCGGAGGAAAAAGCUAUUAUGCGUCGUCUGCCAAGCGUUGAAACUCUCGGAUCGGUUAAUGUUAUCUGUAGUGAUAAGACUGGCACUUUGACCAAAAAUCGCAUGACCGUGACUAAACUGUGGACGGUUGGCAUGGGUUCUACGUCAAAAUCAUGGCUGACAAUCGACUCCCAUAGUACUGUCAAUGAGCUUACGCACCAUGUAACUGAUAACCCUGCACUACCAGUCAUGUUACAGGUAGGUAACUUUUGUAACAACACCAGGACUUCAGAAGAAACUGGUAAGCAUAUUGGAAAUCCCACAGAUGUUGCUCUUAUUGAUGUUCUUGACAAGUUUGGUUUGGAAGAUGCUCGUAACACUAGAACUCGUGUUAGUGAGACACCAUUUUCGUCUUCUCGUAAGUGGAUGGCUGUCUCUGCUCAUAGUGGAGAUGCCACGAACUCUACUGUAUAUGUUAAGGGUGCCGUCGAAAGGAUACUUCCUCUUUGUAAGAAGUAUGUCGAUGCCAAGGGUAAGCCAAAUGGCACUAUCGAUGAAAAGAGUUCCAAGGCCAUUAAUGAUGUUGCUACCACUAUGGCACUUGAAGGAGUUAGAAUUUUGGCAUUUGCCUACUCAUUAAAGCCAUCUCAGGAUACCGAAAACCUUCAAGACUUGGUAUUUGCUGGUUUGAUUGGCAUGUACGAUCCUCCUAGACCCGGUGUGAACAAUUCAAUCAAUAGAUUGAUGCAGGGAAGUGUUAAGGUUAUUAUGAUCACUGGUGAUAGCGAGGCAACUGCUUCUACUAUUGCUAAACAAAUUGGCAUGCCACUUAACGGGGAACGCUCGGUGAUGACUGGCGAGACCCUGGAACGUCUGUCAACUAAAGAACUGGCAGAAGCUAUUUCUUAUGUUACUGUGUUUGCCCGUACUUCGCCGGAGAACAAGCUGAAUAUUGUCCGUGCUUUGCAAGCCCGUGGUGAUGUCGUUGCCAUGACGGGUGAUGGUGUCAAUGAUGCUCCUGCUCUCAAAUUGGCUGAUAUCGGCAUCAGUAUGGGUGAAAGUGGUACAGAUGUAGCUAAGGAAGCUGCCGAUAUGGUACUUGUAGAUGAUGAUUUCAACACUAUUCUCAAUGCCAUCAAAGAGGGCAAGGCUAUUUUUUCUAAUAUUCAAAAUUUCCUCGCAUUCCAGCUCUCAACUUCGGUUGCUGCCCUUACUUUGGUCGUACUUUCUACGUUGUUUAAGCUGCCUAAUCCAUUAAAUGCAAUGCAAAUUCUGUGGAUUAAUAUUCUUAUGGAUGGUCCCCCAGCCCAAUCUUUAGGUGUUGAACCUGUUGACCCCGUUGUUAUGACAAAGCCUCCCCGUUCUCGAAACGAUCAUGUAUUAACCAGGUCUCUUGUUCAAAGGGUGUUCCAAUCUGGUCUUCUCAUAGUCUUUGGUACCCUCUUUGUUUAUGUACGUGAAAUGAGCGACAACGUGGUAACGGCUAGAGACACGACAAUGUCAUUCACCUGUUUUGUAUUUUUCGAUAUGUUCAACGCACUUUCCUGUCGUUCGACCACUAAAAGUGUUUUGGAAAUUGGCCUUUUCUCCAAUAAAAUGUUCAACUUUGCAGUGGGAUUCUCUCUCCUUGGUCAAAUGGCUGUCAUUUAUGUUCCAUUUUUCCAAGCCAUUUUUCAAACUGAGGCCCUAUACCUUUCGGACCUGAUCCUUCUUAUCGCACUUUCCAGUAGUGUCCUUAUUGUCGAUGAGAUCCGCAAGCAUUAUGUGCGCAAAAACGAAUGGAUGUCUCGCUACUCCAAUGCUGUAUAA